GAAUCAAACCACACCCCAUCAAGAUUUUCAACCAUUUUUUGAAAGUCAUAUAUAUACACACCAUUGGAACUCCAAGAGAGUUGCAGACUCAACAAUGGAGGGCAAUACAACUCCUCAUACACCGUCUUAUGUGGUUAUCGCAUUCGAUGCAACUAAGGAUCAUAAUGAACGUGAGUUUAGAAUUAUCAUCAAUCAUAUACGAGUUAGAGGUGACAUUCUGCGUGGUGGGGAUACGCUUCUUAUGCUUGGAGUUUUGCAUAGAGUCACUCACCCUAUGGGUUACCAAAGCAAACCAUGUCCAGAAUCUUUUGGAACAAGCCUUCGUGCCAUGGAGGAAGAAAUCUCAAACAAGGUUGAUUCAUAUGUUAAAUUGCUCCACCAAAGUGCUGAAGAAUGUGAAGAGCAAGGGGUGAGCAUUGGAGUUAAAAUUACAGCUGGGGUUCCCUUAAAGAAUGUUGUUCUACAAGAAGUGGUUGCCUCAAAGCCAGCAUGGGUUGUACUUGAUAGACACCUCAGACGGGAUUUGAAGUUAUACCUUAAACAGAUACCUUGCAAAGUUGCAUUAGUUCAAGACAGCUUGAACGUUGAUGUUUUGAGAAACCAUACAAUAAGUGAACCAGAUAUUGGAGACCAAAAGGUGUACUCCAUGUCCAAGUCCAAGCCUGUACCUCCAUCCAACUUUCACUUUACUGAAAAUAUCGAUCCUUCGGAAACCUCAUCAAGAAGAUACUCCUUGUCCACGAGUUACUUGGAAAGCUCCAAGAGUGGCCUCUUCACCCCUUCAUCUACAUUGAAAUCAGAAGAGCAUAACUUUUUAUCUGAUUUUGGUUCUUCUUCUAAGCUGGAAAUAUCAGAUACAUAUACCAAAGGAGGAAGUAUGCUAUUUGACACGCCAAAUAUCAUCCAAAAGCAGCAAAGGCAUGGCUUCCGCAACAAAUCCACAGGAUCACCUCUUCUUUGUGUUGCUUGUGGACUAAGGACUGAACUGUAUAUCCAAGAUUCAAAGGCAUUCACUUACACUGAGAUUCAACAAGCCACUGAAGACUUUUCAAAGAAGAACUUGUUAGGGGAAGGUGGAUAUGGUCAUGUAUACAAGGGUAAGCUCAAAGAUGGACAGCUGAUUGCAGCAAAGGUCCGGAAACAAGAAAGUACACAAGGAUUUGCUGAGUUCAAUUCCGAGGUAUCUGUCUUAAGUUUCGCACGUCAUAAGAACAUUGUGAUGCUGCUGGGUUAUUGUUGCAAGGAGAACCUCAACAUUUUGGUUUACGAGUAUAUAUGCAACAAGUCCCUUUACUGGCAUUUAUUUGAGAAUACAGAAAAUGUUCUUGAUUGGCAUCAAAGACGUGCUAUUGCAAUUGGCACUGCAAAGGGUUUACGUUUUCUGCAUGAAGAAUGCCGUGGUGGUCCUAUUAUUCAUAGGGACAUGCGUCCAGGCAACAUACUUCUCACACAUGACUUAGUCCCUAUGCUAGGUGACUUUGGUCUAGCCAGAUGGAAGAUAAAUGAUGAAACACUACAGACAAAAGUUCUGGGAACAUUAGGAUACCUUGCUCCAGAGUAUGCAGAAAAUGGGUUUGUUUCAGUGAGGACAGAUGUGUAUGCAUUUGGGAUAGUUCUCCUACAACUAAUUUCAGGUCGCAAAGUAAUUGACUACAAAAGCGAAGACAAAAGCGAAGGACAGCAUGUAUCUUUGAGACAAUGGGCAGAACCACUGAUCGAAAAGUUAGCACUACAUGAGCUCAUUGAUCCUCGUAUUGAAGAGUCAUAUGAUACCUAUCAACUCUACCUUAUGGCUAAGACAGCUUACUUAUGCGUGCAAAUGAACCCUGAAAUGAGGCCAUCAAUGGCGGAGGUAUUGCGCCUUCUGGAAGGAGAAGCCGAUCAUUUCCACCAGUUGAAGGAAAAGGCAGUUCCUCAAUUUACAAAACGAUGA